CAUUUCUAAUUGUACUUUUUAUAAUAUCGACUGAAACUUACUAUCUUCGGUGUUAUUUGUGGAAAAAAUUACAACUAAUUUGAGUUAAAAAAGUUUCUAAUAUAAUUGUCAAUCAAUUGAAAAAUAUCUGCAGUUUGUGAAAAUAAAUAUCAAACAAAGAAAUCGAACUUGUAAUGAGAAUAAAUUUCAUAGUCUAGCAGUGGAGUGGUGGUGAUUUUUAAGAUUUACAAAAUUACCUGCUGCUUCUUAUGACGACAUUUUUAUUUUAUAUUUUUAUCUUCACUGUAAAAAAUAGAACUUUUACAAUUACGAAUAUUAGUUUUCAUUGAAAAUUGGUUUACAUUUGAGAUAUUUUCAAAGUAAAAUUGAUUUCUUUCUAUAACCCUUUAGUGUUCAAAGAUUUUCUUUUAUUUGCUCAACAUAUAUGAUUUAUAUAAAAAUAAUGAAAAUGAACAUUUUAAAACGAUAUAUUAAAAUAAAUACGUUCGAGUGGCAGUACACUGAUUAAAAUAGUCUAGUAAAAAAUAAGUAUUUUGAAUUGGGAGUUUUUUUUAAUAUAUUCGUAAUACACGAAUUCAUUUAAAAUUGGAAUCUGAUAAACAAACAAUAAAAACAAAAUGUUUGGUAGUUUGGAAAAAACAACUAAUAUAUGCCACCAGAUAUUGCAACGUGAAACGAACACUAAUGGAAAUCCAAAAGCAUUUGCGGCAAAUAUAUUUCGAGAACGCUUUCGCAUUGCAAAAAAUCUCUAUAAAACAGAUUUAAGAGGACAUUUUGGUUGUGUCAAUGCAAUUGAAUUUUCUCAUGGUGGCAGAUUCUUGGCUUCCGGUGGAGAUGACAAACGUGUUUUGGUUUGGGAUGUUGAAAAGUCAUUAGCUGGAAUAGCAACACCUCGAGCUUUGGCAACUGAACAGGCCAGUAACAUAUUUUGCUUGGGCUUUGAUAGUAAAAAUCGUAAACUAAUUUCUGGUGGUAAUGACACCUUAGCGAUUUCUCACGAUUUUGAGACUGGAAAAUUAGAUAAUGUUUUCAAACACGAUGGGCCAGUUUAUGGACUUUCGAUUGAUCCCCAAAAUGAUAAUGUUUUUUCAACAGCUUCCGAAAACGGCGAAAUAUUGUUGUUUGAUCAAAGAUCGUCUGUACCUACUGUAGUUGCUUCAGUGCCAUCUUCCUUUCAUGCAGUCGAAUUCCAUCCAACAAUGGGAAAUCUUUUAGUUACAGCCAAUUCUAAACGUGGCGCAACUCUUUAUGAUAUACGUAAACCCAAACAGCCUGUUAUAUUGUAUGGUAACUUAGGAAACCCUCGCAGCUGUAUGAGCGUACGAUUCAAUCGUACAGGCAAAUUGAUAUUGGGUUUGCGUAGACGUUUGCCGCCAAUAUUGUACGAUUUCAAUUCUCCUGAUCCGAUUUGCACAUUUUAUCACAGCAAUUACUAUAAUUCAUGCACCAUGAAAAGUUGUACUUUCGCCGGCGAAGAUGAUGAAAUGGUUAUUUCUGGCUCAGAUGACUUUAAUCUUUAUGUUUGGCGUUUAUCCGACAUUGACUUGGAUGGUACUGAACAGUGGGUGGAGUCAACGCAAAUGGUUUUGUAUGGUCAUCGUUCAAUUGUAAAUCAAGUGAGAUAUAAUCGUCAAAAAUGUCUGUUGGCAUCAUCUGGUGUAGAAAAAAUAAUAAAGAUAUGGAGUCCAUUUUCACAACACAACUGGACUGGUUCCUUAACUGAGGAGGCUUCCUGUUCGGAUAAUCCUCGUGAAUUGUACUCUCCAUAUAAUCUCUUUACCAUGGCACUGCCGGAAAAUUGGCAUCAUCUGUCGCAUGAUUACAGCAGUGAAAACACGAAUGAAGAUCCUCGUAUGAUGGCCUUUUUUGAUUCUCUGAUUCAACAGGAAAUAGAAGAGUGGGAAACCAAUAGCUCGACUGACGUAUCGCAAGAAGAAGAUCGAAGUAUUAGUUCGUUCUUCAGUUGUGGUAGUACCAGUAGUAGUAAUAGCAGUAGUAGUGACAGUAGUAGCAGCAGUAGUAGUUCAAGUAGCAGUAGCUCUUCCGACAGCGAUAGCGAUAAUGAAAAUAAUGCAACACUGAGUAAACGCAGAAGGCGGUCCAAAAGACAAGCGCUGAUGCGCAAGCAAAAUCAACGGAAACAACAUAACAAAAAGACUAAACUGGCAAAAAAUAAACUUAAUCAAUUACAAAAGCCUACCAAUCGCAUAGCUUACUUAAUUGCCAAGAAACGUAAUACUUUAAGACGCCUCGCUAUAAAAGGAGCCUCUCUCAAUAAUAGACGUUCAAACAAGCUAGCUAUUGUGGUCAACGGCCAUAAGCGUAGUUCCAAUACUAAGCAUAACCAUCGUCAACGUUCCGUGCGUCGUCAACAAGAUCGGCAGACACGGGUCAGUAGUAACUGUCUUAAUAAUGAUAAACCAACUACAUCAGCUGCUGCGGCAGCUGCUUUGGCUAAAACUUCAAGAACGCAACACAAGGUUCACAAGAAAAAACCUGAAGUGAAGUCAGAUUCGAAUGCAUCUUCAGAGGAAGAUUCUGGAAAUUUUGCUAUCAGCAGUUCUAGUCGUUCCAAUGCUGCAAACACAUCCUCCUCUUCCAAUAAUAACAACAAUAUUAACGUACCAAGUACUAGCACAGGCAUAACAUCAAAUUUUAGAGAUGCUUUCCUACGUCUCAGUCGUCAGAUAUUCAUGUCAGAUUCAGAGGAUGACGAUGAUCUUGAUGGCGACGUUAACAAGCAAAAUAAUCAUUCAAAUACUAGAAACGAAACGGUGGAGGAGAAAAAACCAAAUGGCGUCAAUAAGUCUACAAGUUCGAAAAAUAACACCACCACUACUAAAGAAUCUCGCACAAAUUCAUCGAGAUCCUUAAGAUCUAAUCAACGGCCAAGAAACUCUGCAGCUAUAAACGUGAUUAAUACAAAUGAAACAGUUCUACCUCAAAAAAAUCAUCCUACAAAUAAUGAAAGUCCUUCAAAUAAUGUUAACAAUGACCACGAUGAUGUUGACCACAAUAGAAAUAAAGGUCAUAGCAGGAGUAAGAAAGUAAAUGGUAACCAGCGAACGUCUCCCUUACCGGAUGCUGAUCUUGGGAGCUAUAGUAAUUCUAGUAAAAGUCAUAAAAAAAGACGUUGUGUCGACACAGAUGUUCUAGGUGACUAUCCAACUACAAGCCAAAAUGAUUUGUUUGAAGAGAACACAGCAUCCACUUCCACCUCGAAUUCAUCUUACUCAUUAAGAGAUAAUUCACCGAAAACUCCAAAAAAUCAAUCCCUUCAAUCUCCGGUGAAAAGGCGUAAAAUGUCAAUAAAUGAUUACAUCAAAGUGCGCAGUGAUUUUACAAAUGGAAAUCUUGAGGAGCGACUGGAAGAAGAUGAAGUUGAGUUUAACAAUAAUGAAAUGAAUAAUAAUGAUAUAUUUGCUAUUCAGGAUGUCAAUAUCAAUAUGAGUAGUGGACAAUUAACACCCCAAAGACCCAAUUCAAAUAACAUAGAACACAAUAAUGUGGCAAAUUAUGAAUAUGCAUUAAAUCCAUCUCAACAAUACAACAACAAUAAUUCCUAUUUGUUUACGCCCGACAGUGGUGUCAGCUUAAACAACUCCACUACUCCUAGUACAAUAGAUCACAACGAUAUUCAGGCUUCCACCUCCACAACUACAACGAGAAUUGGCACCUACCUUUCACCCUGUUACGAACACAACGACUGUGAUGUUAACAAAAGCGUAGAUGAACGCGAAGGCGAUGACGAUGAAGGCGUUGUCGUCAUCAAAAAUCGUAAAACGAGUUUAAAUCAAUUUCAACAAAAAGUUGCCCGAGUGCGUCGUAAUUAUAGAAAACAAUUCUUUGAUGAUACCGAAAGUGAUUAAAUUUUAUCAUCAUUAACUUUCUCUAGAUCUAGCCACAACAUCGUCAUAUUUUAUCUUAGCAUUAUUUUAUAUAUAUUUUUUUUAUUUCUAUACAUAUGUACUUCAAAUCACCAACAUAGCACCACAUACAUACAUACAUAUAGUUGACAUAUACAUACGAUAAAUAAAUAGGAGAUACAGAAAUUAUACAAGACUUACCUACACUCACUCUCACUAAAAUAAUAAAAAUACUAUUUACUAUAUGGCUAUAUGUAUGUAAGUAAUUCCUUUUCAACCAGCAGUUGUCACUUGGUUGUCCAUUUAAUGCCGAAUAACACAGGACUGCUGCACAUACUCUCUCACAAUUAAACAUAUAACAAUAAUUGAAGGAAAAUAUCAGCUUUUUACAAAAAAACAUCAUUUAUUUUCUGUGAAUAUUUCAAAAAUAUAUUAUAAUAAUUAUUAAUUAAUGUAUUAUUUCUCUUAACAAUUCAGCAAUGUAAACAUUUAAAUAUUUAAUUUAA